CAAUCAUUAAACAAACCCAAAUCAAAAUACAAAAAGUUUCAAACUCCCUCCAAUUAAUAAAACACUAAAAACCAGUCCAAUAGGAUAACCUUGAUUGAAGUGAACUAACUCAUCACAUGAAUCUCCUCACUCUUGUCUCCUACAACUCACCCAAUCUCCCAUCUACCACUGUCCUUCAUUAACCCCUCAAAUUCCUCCACGCGCCACCAUCUUCCACAACAAACCCAAGCAGCGCGUGUCAUUCAACUUCAUCACCCUCACCCCAAAACAAGAAACAUAACGACCUAAAAAUUUGGUUCCACUUUCCAAUUAUAGCUUACUUCCUUUCCCUUUGGAUCACACACUAAAAAAAUUAACAAAAAAAAAAUCCAAAAAAAAACUCUCUCUCUCAUACACUUUCUUCUCAGCUUUUGUUUUGUUUUUUUUGUUUCUCUCUUUUUUUUUCUUUCUGUUUUCUAUAUGUCUCGUGCUCCGAAUUACGAGUUUCAGGAAUGGUGGAACAAACAGAGAGAAAGAGAAAAUCUCGAUCUAUUCGAAGAUAAAUCCGAUCAAUCCUCUUCUGCUUUUAUCACCGUCGAUGUCUCCGGCAGCGGCGGCGGUGGAGGAAGCAACAACAACCGGUCAGAUCCGUCGGUGAGAAAAGAGCGUGCACGAAGCGCGCGGCAGUUAUCAUGGGUUUGUUUGUUAAAAUUCCAACAAAUUGCUUCAACCGUUGGGUUUUUAUCCAACGGUUUGCUUCACCUUAUCCGAACGGCGAAUCGGAGAAUUGCUUCGCGCGAUUCGCCGGCGGAUUCGUCUUCGUCGCGGCUUUAUAAAGCCAUCAGGGUGUUUUUGAUUGUUGUAAUUGCGUUGUUAGGGUUUGAGCUGGUUGCUUAUUUUAAAGGCUGGCAUUUCCGGCCGCCGUCGGUUGGGUCGGCUGAUGUGUUGGGAUUGGUUGGGGAGUUUUAUGCGCGGUGGAUUGGUAUUCGGGCUAAUUAUUUAGCGCCGCCGUUGCAGAUGUUGACGAAUAUGUGUAUUUUGUUGUUCAUUGUGCAGUCGGUGGAUAGGAUUAUUUUGAUUUUGGGAUGUUUUUGGAUCAAGUUCAGGAGGAUUAGGCCUGUGGCAAGUGUGGAUUAUGAUAAGAAUGUUGAGAGAGUUGAGGAUUAUCCAAUGGUUUUGCUUCAGAUUCCUAUGUGCAAUGAGAGGGAGGUUUACCAUCAAUCCAUUGCAGCAGUUAGUAUCCUGGAUUGGCCAAAGGAGAGAUUGCUUGUACAAGUUCUUGAUGAUUCGGAUGAAGUAGAAAUUCAAAACCUCAUCAAGGCAGAAGUGCAUAAAUGGCAACAAAGGGGUGUUCGGAUUAUAUAUAGACAUAGGCUUAUACGCACAGGAUACAAGGCGGGGAAUCUUAAAUCAGCAAUGGGUUGUGAUUAUGUUAAGGAUUAUGAGUUUGUGGCAAUAUUUGAUGCUGAUUUCCAGCCAACACCAGAUUUCUUAAAGAAGACAGUACCUCAUUUCAAGGGAAGGGAUGAUUUGGCAUUAGUCCAGGCAAGAUGGGCAUUUGUAAACAAGGAUGAGAACUUGCUAACAAGAUUACAGAAUAUCAAUUUAUCUUUCCACUUUGAGGUUGAACAACAGGUGAAUGGUAUCUUCAUUAACUUCUUUGGUUUCAAUGGAACUGCUGGUGUCUGGAGAAUAAAAGCCCUAGAGGAGAGUGGGGGCUGGUUAGAGCGAACAACUGUUGAAGACAUGGACAUUGCUGUUCGUGCUCAUCUUUGUGGAUGGAAGUUUAUUUUUCUCAAUGAUGUUAAGUGCCUCUGUGAGCUUCCAGAGACAUAUGAGGCCUAUAAAAAACAACAGCACCGUUGGCAUUCUGGUCCAAUGCAAUUGUUCCGUCUGUGUUUUGUUGAUAUACUUCGUUCAAAGGUUAGUUGGGCAAAGAAGGCUAAUUUGAUAUUCCUUUUCUUCCUCCUGAGGAAGCUUAUUCUCCCAUUUUAUUCAUUCACCCUCUUUUGCAUCAUUCUUCCAUUGACCAUGUUCCUUCCCGAAGCUGAGCUCCCAGCCUGGGUUGUUUGUUACAUUCCUGGAGUCAUGUCUAUCCUAAGUGUUCUUCCAGCUCCACGGUCAUUUCCAUUUAUAGUACCAUAUCUUCUAUUCGAGAACACUAUGUCAGUAACAAAAUUUAAUGCAAUGAUAUCUGGAUUAUUUCGCUUCGGAAGUUCGUACGAAUGGGUGGUUACAAAAAAGUUGGGAAGAUCAUCCGAGACAGAUUUGGUUGCCUUCGAAAAGGAAUCCCAACCUCUAAUGCGGUCUCAUGGUCUUCAUCGAUCUUCUUCAGAUUCAGGCAUUGAAGAACUAAGCAAACUCGAACUCUCAAAGUUAGUUCCAAAGACUAAGAAAAACCGGCUCUACAGGAAAGAACUUGCUCUUGCAUUUAUUUUGUUAACAGCCUCAGUUAGAAGCUUACUAUCUGCUCAAGGAAUUCACUUCUACUUCCUAUUAUUUCAAGGGAUAAGUUUUCUGGUUGUUGGUCUUGAUUUAAUCGGAGAGCAGGUUAGUUGAACUCCAGCUUUUAGUGGAUGCAAACCCUCCUCUCAGAUCCUCAUUGAUUCUAGAUAAAAGUUCAUUAUAGCCGAACCUUAAACCUAUCUCAGAACAUACCGAUUUUAAGUCUAAGAUGUUCUCAGUGGUUUUGGCUACCAUUUUAAAGCAAAUCAGUUGCUGCUUUGCACCAAAUUUGCAGUACUGUUGUUUGCUUUUUGUUGUAAAGACCAGUUGUUUCAGUUCUGAAUGGCAAAAUGUGUUGACACUUGAAGAAAAUAGGUUUCUGACCGCAAACCAGUUGCUUGCAUGCCUGAACUGAAAAGGAGGAGAUUGUUAGAUUACAACAUUUGUUAUUCUUUUUCAAUAUGAUAUACUGUACAAUUUCAAGUUUCAUUGUGUUGUUGCUUAAAUUGUAUUUGUUAUCAAGACACUUAGAUUUCUGGUACAGGCCACAGCAAGCAUGUUUUCAUCGUUA